AUGGCGAACUCACCUCUGGUAGUCCCUGGGGAUGCAGACAAAGCCAAUUCGAGCAAAUCAAAGCUGUCGAGCAAUGCAGCCUCGAAUGGAGCAACACCAGAAGCUAUGCAGGCCAGUAACGGCGGCCACGAUCUAGCAGAGCAGAUGAACGAGGAAGAGAAGCAGAAAUAUGUUAAAGGCAGGAAACUCGGAGAAGGUACAUACGCCAAUGUCUACCUUGGCCACCUCCGCACCGAUCCCACCAAGCUCGUCGCCAUCAAGAAGAUCAAGAUCCAAAAAGAAUACACCGAAGGCAUGGCCCCAGACGCCAUCCGCGAACUCAAGCACCUCCAAGAACUCUCCCACCCCAACAUCAUCUCCCUGCUCUCCGUCUUCUCCUCCAAAGACCAGAACCUCAACCUCGUCCUCGAAUUCCUGCCCUUGGGCGAUCUAGAGAUGUUGAUCAAGGAUACAGAGGGCGUGCGCUACGGCGCGGCAGAUAUCAAGGCUUGGAUGGGCAUGCUAACCAGAGCCGUCUGGUUCUGCCAUGAGAAUUUCGUGCUUCACCGGGAUAUCAAGCCGAACAAUUUGCUCAUUGCCGCAGACGGCGAGGUCAAGCUAGGAGAUUUCGGUCUGGCGCGAUCGUUUUCAGAUCCUUACCGAAUCAUGACUUCAAACGUCAUUACACGCUGGUACAGACCUCCAGAGCUCCUCUUCGGAGCUAGACAUUACUCUGGGGCAGUAGAUAUCUGGUCCGUCGGUCUAGUAUUCGCAGAACUGGUCAUCAGAAUGCCAUAUAUAGCCGGCGACACAGAGAUCGGGCAAGUCAACCUGAUCUGUCAAGCCAUCGGCACACCUACAGAAGAGAACUGGCCCGGUGUAUCCAAGCUUCCCGAGUACACCGUUCCAGACCCACCGAACCCAAUUCGAGGACGGGAUCACUACCUGGCUACCUUUGGGACAGCAGGACACGAAGGUGUCGAUCUACUGAUGAAGAUGUUGAUCCUGGAUCCGAGGAAGCGGAUCACAGGUCGGGAAGCACUAGAACACAAAUGGUGGGCAGCAGACCCCAAACCAACUAGGAAUGAAGAUCUACCGAAGAAACAAGGGAGUUCUAGUGAGGAGAAGCUAGGCGAGGAUCUGAAGAGAAGACCUGGAGUAGUAGAUAAUGAUAGAGGGCCGAAAGUAGCCCGAAAAUUGGAUUUCGGAGGCAUGAAAUGA